UGAGAGCCAAUAUCAACCACACACACCAGUCGUUUGUGUUUCAAUGCAUAUGUGCGUGCGUGUGCGCGCGGAUUCCUACGCACACACGACGUGACACAUCACCGAUUUGUCACUGUAUGUUCUACACUAACAAUACUAACCAGCUGAUGGCACGUUGAUGUUGAUUAAAAAAAGGUUAACGUUGUGAGAGAUGCAUUUGUAAUCAAGAUGAGGGAUAUCUGGAGAUAAUCACAUCUAAAGAUUGUUAUUUAAAACAUUGUUAUAUACAAAAUAUAUGUAGAAUUUAUGAUAAAUAGAACAAAAUGGAUAUCACAUUGGAUGAUAAAUUAAAUAUGCUGCAGCAAAUAAGUCAGCGAAAACUUGUGGAGAUAUUGGAUGUUAUUCCAGGCACAAAGGAUUUGAUAAUAGAGCAAAAAAUCAUGAAAAUACUCAGUAGUUUCGUAGGAGUGACAGUAUUGAAACGAUAUGGAGUGGACAAAAUUUAUAAAAUGGAAGAUGGAUUGAAGCCAUCAAACAGUCAACGUAUAUUUCUAGUAUCUAAUGACUUAAUUGCAUGCAAAAGAGUUCUUGAUCAGAUACAAUCUGAAAUAUCUCAGCUUAGCAAGCCUGGUGUUGAAGUGUGUCAUCAUUUAUUGGUCAUGCCUUUUGUCCCAGCUGUAUUACACAAUCUAGUAGAAGAAGAAGGCUUGUCUGGACUAGUUACAUUGCGGACAUUGUCUCCAGAAUUUAUAAAAUUAGAUGGAAACGUUUUAUCAUUGGAAAAUCCGAUGUUUAUUGAUCUUUAUUAUCACAAGGACACCAGUCUUCUACGAGCACUAGCUCAAAACCUGUGGUCGCUACAACUAAUACUUGGCUCGCCGAAGCUCUUGCUUUUCUUCGGCAAGCACAGCCAGCAACUAAACAUACUGAUGGAAUCCAUGGAACAGUAUCUAGGUUCGUCCAAUUUGGAACACGAGAUCGGCGCCCUGAUUGUAAUGGACAGAAGUUAUGAUCUGACCACGACCCUGCUGACACCUGUGACGUAUGCGGGCUUGUUGAACGAAGUCGUCGAAGUAAACGUCGGCACGGCGACUCUGGGAAAAUCGCAGACUCAAUUGAACCCGGAUAAAGAUCAGAUCUAUGCAGAAGUGAGGGAUACACCAUGUAGCGACGUCUUUCCGAUUCUGCACGGAAAGGCUAAGUCACUCAAAUCCGAACAGGAGCUGGUGCAAACGAUGAAGUUGGCCGAGAUGGAGAGAUAUGUAUCAACGAGAUUACAGAAGACCAAGGACAUGACACGGCAAUUGGCAUUUCAUAUAUCCGCAUGCCAGGCUAUCGCCGACACCUUGGGCUCCGAGUUUCAAGCCUUGCAGACGAUGGAGAAGCUGAUGCUUGAUUGCAAAGAAAGGAAAGAGUGCUUGAGUUACAUCGAGAGAAAUAUAGACGAGCACGCGUUACGAUGUUUGCGUCUUCUGUGCCUGUUAUCCAUCACCACUGACGGCAUCACGCAAAACGAACUUCAGAAUAUCCAAAAAUUACACUUGCACACCCACGGUUAUCAGCAUAUCCCUCUGUUUUACAAAUUGCACACCGUCGGUUUGUUGAAGCACAGAAAUGAAAAUCUGUUGCACAAGCUGCCGAAUUGGAGCAGCGAAUGGAGCAGCAACGCUCAGAGAUUGAAGCUAUUACCUAGUCAAUCCAAACGCUCCGAUCAGAAUGGUCGUACUUGUCCCAGUUAUGUGUUCAACAACGCCUACAUACCCACUAUCGCGCAGAUAUUGAACAUCGUAUCGAAUCAGGAGAAAGACUCUCGUAGCUUCGAGGAUCUGAUAAAUUUACCGGGCUGCACGAUGAAUGGUCAACGAGGCACGUUAUCGCCGAAGAUGAUUGUGAUCUGCGUAGUAGGAGGUAUUACUUGUGCAGAAGUGGCGGCUUGUCGGCUGAUUGAAAAGUCCACGGGAACGCGCCUUGUUCUCGUGUCUGAUGCUAUUAUAACGGGGAACAAACUCAUUCAGAGGAUACAAGACAUAUGAGAGAAAAAUUACAUUUAUAUCGUUUUGAAAGUCCAC